AUGGCUGCCCCCGCCGCAGCCGCCGGGCCCGCGGUGCUGCUGGGGUUGCGCGAUGCCGCCGUCCCGCGAGGCUCCGGGCCCGCCGGCCCGCCGCUGCACGGCGCCGCCAGCAAGCUGGGCGGCUCUCCGGACCGCAUCCCGUCGGUAGUGCUGGUCCAUCCCGCCUGUGGCAUUUGUGGGGCCAGCUUGGUGCACAUUGUACAAGUCUACUGCCCGCUGGAGGGUUCCCCUUUCCACCGCAUCAUUAACGUCUUUGCUUGCGCCAAGGAAAGCUGCUGGGGGAACAUGGAAAGCUGGAAGGCAUUACGAACCCAGUAUUUGCAAGUACAAAGAAAAGGACAACAAGACUGGAACUUGGAGCAGAAGGAAGAAUGUAUUCCUGCAGCCAAGGGCUGGUGUGAAGAAGCAGAUGACUGGGGGGAAGACAGUGGAGUAGUGCCCCCUGGACUGGCUCCGAGCCGCAGCCACCUUGACCCGCUGCCAGCAACAGACCCCUUGCCUGGAGAGGAAGAUUGUGCAGCCCAGUUCCAAGGUCUACGCCUCGGAAAAGCCCCACAUGCCUCGGCUCCCUCCAGCUCCCGCGAUCCCACUGGGAAGGAGCUGGUAGCGUCCAGCUGUGUCCCCGUCUUCCGGUCCUACUUCAUCGCCGUAGUGGACGAGGAAGACUACCUUGGCUGUGAGGACACGGGCCAUGUGCAAAGACUCUUAAUGGAGUAUCAGAAGCGGGAGGGUGUUGACUUGGAACAAAUUGUGUUGGAAAGUUCUGCAUCUGAUGAGAGGUAUGAGAAGAGCAAAGCCGGAAAGAGAGACCCGGUGUUCCACAAGUUUAUGAAGAGGAUUUCGGCCUGUCAGAAGCAGAUCUUGAGGUAUUCGUGGGGCGGCCACCCUCUGUUCAUCAGCAGCCCUGCAGUGGAUGCCAAGGCAGCGGUCCCUCCCUGUCACACCUGCGGCAGCAAGAGGACCUUUGAAUUCCAGCUCAUGCCCUCCUUGGUCAGCAUGCUCCGGGCAGGAGCUGAAGAUGUGUCAGUGGAAUUUGGGACUGCGCUUGUGUACACGUGUGAGAAAAGCUGCUGGCCUGCCGAGCAGAGAACGCCCUUGGAAGAAUUUGUUUUUGUGCAGGAAGAUCCAGAUCAGGACCUGUUUAAAUAGCACCCAUUUCAUUCCUCGAAUAAAGCAGAUGUUUUGCACGGA